ACGCUGAGUUCGAACGUCACUGUGGUUUCAAUCCAAACCGAUCAGGCUUCAUUCCAGAGUCACGCCGUCACAGUCGCGUGGCACCAAAAACACCUGAGCUCAAUACCGGUUUAACUUCCACGGACAGUUCGUCACGGACACGGUGUUUGAAGGCACCAGGACUUCCAUCAGCAGAGGUACCGGUCGGUGUCAUCGAUACUGAUCGAACAGAUCAGCCGGAGUCAUCUUGACAAAUGUGUAUUAGAAGAAGAAAGAUUCAAAGAGUUUAGAGCAAGUACAUCAUCUUGACAUUCAUAGCCACUGUGCUUUCUCUAGCCCAACCAUGAGGGAUCGAUUGUCCAACUUGCAACAACUAUCCAAUGGCCAUGUUGAGCCGAUGGAAUAUGAGGAGGCCAUCGUCUCAGACUCCUUCAGCAGUGUUGAUUUAGAGGAGGAGUUGCCCCACGAGGCGGUCGUUUUUGACAACAGUCCUGCUCUGGCCGGGGUCUUUGCUCAGUCGCAAGACAUCCAAAAAGACAUCCAGCUAAUCCGCCUGGAGGUGAGACGGCUACACGAGCAGAACUCUCGCAUCCUUCAGUGCACCACCACCACGAGCACAAUAAAAAGGGACUCCAACGCCAUUGGGGCAGACAUAAAAGCUAAGGCUGAGAAGGUGCUGGCAAACCUGCGAGACAUGGACGAGACUGCACACAAGCUAGAAGAACAGCAUGGUUCCAAUUCUGCCAUCACGCGUAUCGCCAGAACACAGUACGCCUGCCUUAGCAACGGUUUCCGCGAUGUUAUGUUCGACUAUAAUGAGGCAGAGAUGAGCCAUCGGGAGAACUGCAAAGCUCAGAUUCAAAGGCAGAUGGAGAUAGUUGGACGUGAGGUGACUGGUGAGGAGGUGGAAGAGAUGAUUGAGACAGGACAGUGGAACGUCUUCAAUGACAGCGUUUUGACUGAAGGUAAAACAGCCAGGUCAGCUCUGAACCAGAUUGAGAAGCGUCACCAAGAGUUAAUGGACUUGGAGUCUCGCAUCAAGGGCAUCCAUGAAAUUUUCCUGGACAUUGCCCUGCUGGUGGAGGAGCAGGGACCCAUGAUGACCUCCAUCCAAACCAAUGUUCAGAAAACAGAUGAACGCAUACAAGGCGCUAUUGUUGAAAUUAAAAGAGCCAAACGCCAUGACCGGAACAACCCCUUCAAGAAGAUGUUCUGCAGCUGCUUUCCUUGUGUCAACUAAGAACUGUAGAGUUGGAGUUACCAACCAGUCAUCCAUAUUUUCCAUCCUGCACUAUCAAGCUGGUUAUUGGCAAGACUGGUGCUCCAGUCACUGUCAAAGCACAACUCCAGCUCGACCUAUACCCAAUUAUCUUAGUCUGGCAUUCUGUGAGCGCUCGAUUAGUGGAAAACACCCAACCUGGAUAACUGGUCAAAAAAAUCAAUUGUUAAUAAGUAUAUCUGAUCUAUCAAUGUGUCUACAAGUGCCAUUAGUUGCAGUUUAUGACGAUUGUACAACGUGUAUCAACACGGUUUGUAGAACAUAUAUUUAACACAAUAAAUAAAGGCUUGUUACUGAAGAGGGGUGUAAAAGGUUUGAUCUGGUCUAGACUAUUGGUCUCAAAGCAUACCCCGUGAAGGUCCAAGAGGGUGCUGAUUUUUUUUGUUCUCACUGCUUAAAGUGGCAUUAAUCAGCAUGUGUAGGGGACGUCAUUUGCAUAUCAUGCACUCCAUUGAUGGCACACGGUUUAAUUCUACCAUAUGGACUACUGGGAACUUUGGGGGUAUUUGUGAACAGCACUUUGUCAGAGUACAAAUGGGAAAAUCUAUCUAUUGGGGAGGCAUACGUUUGUUUUUAAUGUGAAACUUUGUACUGAAGAUCGAACCUGAGUUAUAUAAACAAUACACAUAACUGCAUAAACUGGUUUGUUUCUAUAUACAUACGAGGUCUGUUAGAAAAGUAUCCGACCUUUUUAUUUUUUUUUUCCAAAAACCAUAUGGAUUUAAAUCACGUGUGAUUGCAUCAUCCAAGCUUGAAC